CCCAGGGAGAGCCACGCUGGCAGCACAGCCCCUUCCCCGACUCAGCAUCGGGAGGAAGACCCUGGUGGCGGCUGCCGUCGGGGUCAUGCUGGUCCUGGUGCUGGUGGUCCUCAUCCCCGUCCUGGUCAGCUCCGUGGGCACCGACACCAGCCACUUUGAAAUGCUGGGUACCUGCCGCAUGGUGUGUGACCCCUACCUGAACAAGGGCACAACGGCCAGCAGCACCAGCUCCAGUGGCAUCCAGGCAGAAGCCGAGGCCCUCAGCGACAACAGCAACAUGCCCUCCACGCUGGUGCAGGGCCCCCAGGGCAAGCAAGGCAGGCCAGGUAAACCUGGACUCCCGGGACCGCCUGGAGAGCCAGGGCCACCGGGGCCAGUGGGACCCCCUGGAGACCGAGGGUCUGGAGGGAGGACUGGGAUUUUGGGGUUGGGGGGGAACGGAGCUAUCAGCACGGCCACCUACAGCACAGUGCCCCGGGUGGCCUUUUACGCAGGGCUUAAGAACCCCCAUGAAGGCUAUGAGAUCCUCAAGUUUGACGACGUGGUCACCAACUUGGGAAACAACUACGACGGCAUCUCAGGCAAGUUCAUCUGCAGCAUCCCUGGCACCUACUUCUUCAUCUACCAUGUGCUGAUGAGAGGUGGGGAUGGGACCAGUAUGUGGGCAGACCUCUGCAAAAACGAACAGGUGCGAGCCAGUGCCAUCGCCCAGGACGCUGACCAGAACUAUGACUACGCCUCCAAUAGCGUCAUCCUCCACUUAGACGCAGGCGACGAGGUCUACAUCAAGCUGGACGGGGGCAAGGCUCACGGCGGCAACAACAACAAAUACAGCACCUUCUCUGGGUUCAUCCUCUACGCCGACUGAACCCACGCAGGUGCCACGUCCAGAGGGAGAAAGACAAGAAAGUAAGAGAUUGAGAGAAAGAGUUCUAAUGAGGGAAGGAAGGGGUUAAAAGCCAGAAUGCUUUCUAGUUUCCUGGUUCUCUCCAUCGUCACACCAACCUCUGCUUAUAAAACACAUCAGCCCCAAAUCAAGGUUCUCCAAGCUCAGCUCGGCCUUCCUGCCUGUCUGCCGUGCUGUGAGGGAGGGAGGGAGAACACGAUGAUAGGGGAGGGAGUAGUGGGGGGUGAAGCUUGGUAGAGAGAGGUGCCCUCCUCAUCAGAAUUCUAACCUGUCAGUUCAUCCUCCCUUUCUGAAUAUUUCUCCUCCUCAAACUGGAAAAUAAACCAACUAACGCCAAGUGGAUCCGGCCUCAUCAUCUUCUCUCCAUAACAAGUUGGCUAUAUGGACUCUGUUGACUGAAAUUGUCCUAUCUUGUGGUUGUGUGCUUUUCCUUAGAAUAUCAGUAUUUUACUUUUGUGAAAGAUACUACUGCAUCGUAUAUUUACACAAAAGAGGAUAUUAAAAAUAUGUUUAUCCCUUGUUUAUCCCUAAAAAAAAACUUGAUUUUGAGAGAACAGUUUUGUGAGAUGUUGAUUGUGAUUUCCGAAGCCUUUAGUUGAGAAACGGUAAUGAAAAGGUGCCAUUAUGGUUUCUGAAGAUGAUUCUAAUAAUGAUUUCGUGCAUUUGACACCUGUCUAUCACAUGGUGUUUGUUUAUGUGUGAUGUCAGCUGUGGGAACACAGACCUGGUUUGUGGCUGAAUGUUAUUCAUGCAAGGCAUGUUAUACAGAUACAACAUGACAUUUUCCCUCGUCCCAUCCAACAUAUCUAGUCUCUAUCCUUGCCCCUUGUCCUGUCUCUAUACCCUUAUCCAAUUUGUCUAUACAGGGCCAAAGUGGGUUGAGAAUAGACUCAAAUGAAUAUUAGAUGUUCUAGUUAUGUAGAUAUCCUUCACCACCAGAAUCGUUCAAUGAAGCCACAUAUUCUGAUUGGGAGGUAACCUAUUUUAUAAGACAACAGUGUCCAUUACUUCAGCUUCGUCCUCGAGCACCCUGCUGUGGUGAAGUAAAAAAUAUCAAGCAGAGAGAGAGAGAGAGAGAGAGAGAGAGAGAGAGAGAGAGAGAGAGAGAGAGAGACAGCGAGACAGCGAGACAGAGAGACAGAGAGACAGAGAGGCAGAGAGACAGAGAGACAGAGAGACAGAGAGACAGAGAGGCAGAGAGACAGAGAGACAGAGAGAGAGAGAGGGAGAGAGAGGGAGAGAGAGGGAGAGAGAGGGAGAGAGAGGGAGAGAGAGGGAGAGAUGGGAAGUUUUAAUGGCGAGGCAGAUUUUUGGUUUCAGCGUCUGAGGCUUCACUGGAUGUCAUGAGCUGCAUAUUCACUGAUACAUACAAGCAUUAUGGUAAUAUUUACUCAACAUGGUGGACUGACAGCUUGCUUUAGAAUGAAAUUGAUUGGGUGAGUGAGUGACUUGGCUUCUUAGCAUUGUGUGUGUGUGUUUGUGUGUGUGUGCGUGUGUGCGUGCGUGUGUGCGUGACUGUGUUGGUGUAUUUGAGUGUUUGCAUCAGAGCAUGCGCCGUGCCAUUGCUACAUUGUUGUUUUUCUGUUAUUCUGUGCUACAGCCAAUGACAGAUAUUUUACUCAGCAGACAAUGAGAUUGCAUUACAUAGGGAGGGGAGCCUCUGUAGAGAUGAUGAGAAGAACAAACAGCUUGUAAAUGAAAUCUAUGCUAUGUUUGUCUAUCUAAUUUUAUCUUUUUGAAUUGUUGAAUACAUUUAAAUAAUAAAUGGCAUUUUUGGA